UUGACGAACCGAAGAAGAAAAAGCCCAACAUGGCGGCUCUCGGCAACAGUCGUGGGGAUCGCCUCGGUAACUCCAAUCAAAACAAAUCUCCCCUUGCAUCCCCGGAGAAAAUCCGAAAGCUUCUCAAUGAGGGGGUCUCUGCAGCUGGCACCGCUACCCAAUGUGGACAAAGUGAUUCAAACGACUCUGAAGUCAGUAGCAACACUCCAUCUUGUGAAGCAACCAACAAAGAGGCCUUUUUCAGUCGAGUGCAAUCAUACGCUUGUUUGAAAUGGGCUGGGAAACCCCGGGCGCUCUCUCCUCUCAUGUGUGCCCGCUACGGCUGGAUCAACGUCGCCCACGACAUGCUCAAGUGCUCCAGCUGCCAGGCCUUCCUCUGCGCAUCGCUACAACUCACGUUAGACUUCGAGAAAUAUGAAUCCCGCAUCGCAGAACUGUCCAGGCAGCUCCAGACAAAACAUGAGAAAUUUUGUCCUUGGCCUGACUUUCCUUGUCCAGAACGGUUAUGGAUUGUGACAGCAGGAGAGCCCGCAGAACUUUUGACCGCCUUUAUAGAACGUUAUCAAAGCGCUUGUAUGCUUGGACAACAGCUUCCAUCGAUGAAGCCUGAGCAGCUGAAAUUAAUGUCACUGACUGAGGAUGUCAUUAGUGCCAUCCUGCAGCUCAUAGAGGAGGAACAAAAAAGAAAGGGAACUACAUCCUCGGAACCUUUUGCAGUCCAAGUGGCAGCGUGCAUCGUUUCUAUUUGUGGCUGGGCUGCAAACCCAGGCGUGGACAUCACCAUGCUGCCAAUCCUCAACUGCUCCUACUGUAUGCGCAAAGUGGGCCUGUGGAAUUUCUACCAAAUGGAAGGCAUGAGUGGUGACAGCGAUGCCGGGACGGACGCUACAGCCGCUCCGGCCGCCUCGACUCCCGCUCAGGAGAGCCAGGGGGAACGGUCCACCCCUCCCUUGCCCACAACUCCGUCUACUCCGAGUCGUAUGAAACUGAGAAGCCAGGACUCUUGCCGCACUGAGCAGGGUGAGGGCACUUUGCGAGCUCGAAGUCGAGAUUCACCCAGUCCUGUCGAAGAGCCGCUGAAUCCCUUGAUAAAGGGCAAGAGGCCUGCUACACGGAGCCGUGGGCAAGAAGACUGUCUGUCCCAUCCUUCCAAACGCCUGUGCUUCUCAUUAGCUGACGAGGUCAUACACAAGAAUUCGUUCGACCCGCUGGCUCAGCACAGAGACUGGUGUCCCUGGGUGGCCGUUGGAAAAGAGAAUGUGGAUCCACAGGCCAUGCCCCUUUCAGAUUCCCUGCCAGCACCUCAUCAGGAAGUCUGGAAGGCCGUCCUUGACCUCCUCCUGCCUCAAAAGAGCACAAACACAGCGGCUGGAAGUCCAGGACAGGGCCCACCUGAUCGAGCCAAAAGAGUGUUUGCUAUUUUCCAUCAGUGGCAGGUAUCUGCUCCAUCUCAGUAGGAACCAUCACUAAAACAUCUCACCACUGAACUGAUGAAAUGAGCAAUUAUA